AUGACGAACCUCCUCAUGAUGGUCAUGUCCCUCCCCGAGGCGGUGAGCAAACUCAGCCAUACCUACCCCCACCUUCGCUCCCUGCACGGGAACACGCAGGUGCCGAUCUUUCCGACCCGAAUCCUGUGUUUGUUGAAUCUUUUUGACGAGGAGGAGCUCGUGUUGGAUGGGACGUACUCCCAGCUGCUCGCGGAGAUCGAAGAGGAGGUCGAGGCCUACGGGCGCGUGGAGCGGCUGAUCGUUCCACGCCGGGAGGCCCGCCCACGACCGCCGGAGGCGCCGAAGAAGGAACCCCUUCGAACCCCUGCGGAGGAGGCCGCCGCGAUGGCGGCCUACGAGGACGCCAAAAAGGAAUUUAACCUCGAGCUGGAUCGGUAUCUCGCGCGGCAGAACCACCCCCUCUACGGGGGGAUCGGAAAGGUCUUCGUGGUGUACGAAACCGUCGAGGAGGCGGCCUACGCGCAGCAGCAAAUCGCGGGGAAGCUCUUUGGCGGGCGCACCGUGGUGACCUCCUUUCUGUAUGAGGAUUUUCUCCAGGAAGAGGGCACCACCCCCACGAAGGACGAAAAAGAAACAGAUGGAGCCGUGGCGGAAGACGUGGAGGCGGAGGAGCUCCCAUCCUUGUGA